CAUGUGGACGCUCACCCUGCAGUGACAGUAAACUUAUGUGACAUCUGGAUUCCCUUCAGACACACCCCAGAACAACCGCCGAAACAGCUGCAUGCCAUACCCUCAUGGCCAACGAUAGCUCAUCGCUCCACUUGCAAUGGAAGCCUUUCACUUCGCUACCUCUACCGACCUGAGCGAGCUUUGCGUCCAUGUUCGCAUCGAUCGUCUGGAUGGCCACCAGAAGCCUAUACCCUAUUCCGUGCUCUUGAAGCGUCCAGACCUCAGGCACCGCGCAUCCAUCGUCAACUCCCACUCGGACCUCUACGUGACUGCUCAGAUUUGGGCCGACAGCAAGCCCCUCACCGUCCCUGUUCAGACCGCCUACAAAUCCUUCAAAAAUGCCCGCAUAUGGAGCGAGUGGCUCCAGUUGCCCAUCACCUAUGCCAAUCUCCCCGCUUCAGCUCAGGUCGCCAUAACCGUAUGGGACCUGUCCCCGGCUGAGGCUACCGAGUCAAACCUACACGCCAUACCCUUCGGAGGCACCACCAUCCCGCUCUUUGACAAAGACAACACCUUACACAAGGGCCGACAACGAUGCCGACUACAUCGCUUCAAAGCUGCUGACGGCCUUUCCAACACCACUACGCCUUGGGUGAGUCCCACACCACGAAAGAGCAGGAAGAACGUUGUUCAACAAGAUACUCCCGAUGAUAAAAUUGCCGAGAUGCAACGGUUGGAAGAGCUUUUGAAGAAGCAAGAGAUGGGAGAAAUCCCCCAGAAUCAGUGGCUUGAUGGCUUGGUGUUCAAAAAAAUGAUGAAGAUCAAGGAUGAGGCUCUGAAGGCCGAGGCCGCAGCUUUGCAUCGAGGCGUCUCUCUUCAAAGCAAUGAAGUAAAACAGCAAAGCGGAGAAGCUGGGGAGGAGCUGUUCUACCUAGAAAUCCAUCUCCCACGCUUCGAUCACUCCAUCGUCUUCACCGACGUCGAAUAUGCGCCUCCACCCAUCUCUGAUAUACGGCUGCCUGCUGACUCCGAAAUUCGUCUACGGCCGCCACCGGAGGUUUCAUUUGGCCCUGGAAUCGGUGCUGGCUAUACCGAUGCUGAUGUAGGACGCUUGAUUCGUAUCUAUGAUCCAGAGAUCGGGCGAAAAGCCAAUCCAGCCGAGGACAAGCAUCGUGAGCUAGGUCGUAGCCAACAUACUGAUUCAAUCGACCGUGACAGAAAGCCUAAUGUCAAUGUUCGCGACAAACUCAAUACCAUCAUGGCAAAAGGCCCACUCGAAGAGAUCACAACACACGAGCGCGAUGAGAUCUGGAAAUUCAGAUAUUAUUUACUUCGUGACAAGCGCGCUUUGACCAAAUUUGUCAAAUGCGUGAAUUGGAAAAGCGAGCGGGAAGCUCGACAGGCCGCUCCUCUACUUGAAAGAUGGGCCCAUCAAGAUGUCGCCGCUGCGCUCGAGUUGCUUGGGCCUCAGAACGACGCGCCUAUUGUUCGGAGCUACGCUGUAGAGCGUCUCAAACAAGCUGCCGACGAUGAGCUACAACUCUAUCUACUUCAACUGGUGCAAGCCCUGAAGUAUGAGGCCACUGGCGACGCCGACGACUCGUCUCUUGCUCGCUUCCUAGUCACCCGUGCGGCAAAUAGUUUUACGUUGGGCAACUUCUUGCAUUGGUAUCUAAUGGUUGAGAUAAGUGACAUGAGCAGUGACCAGGCACCCGAACAUCGCGCGCUUUUUGCUAAAGUUGAGUAUGAUUUCAUGGCUGAGCUGGAAAAAACACCUCAAGGUGUUGAGAUACGCAAAACAUUCCGUCGACAAGGCGAGCUACUCACGGUGCUCGCCAAAAUCUCAAAAGACGUACGCUUUGGUGGUGGGGAUCGUCCCACAAAGAUAGAGCGCCUGAAGAAGGCGCUCUCAGACCCUCGUAAUGAGCUUGUGAGCUUCGACCCUCUGCCUCUACCUCUCGAUCCAUCAAUCAUGAUCACGGGUGUUUAUCCAGAUGAUUCCAAUGUCCUGAAAUCAUCAUUAUUACCAAUGGUCAUCAACUUCAGGACUGUCGCUGGCACGAAAUAUCCCAUCAUCUUCAAGACUGGUGACGAUCUUCGACAGGAUCAACUUGUCAUCCAGAUAAUCACGCUGAUGGAUCAGCUCCUUAAGAAGGAAAACCUGGAUUUGAAGCUAACACCCUACCGUAUCCUCGCUACUUCUGCCUCUGCUGGUGCUUUCCAGUUCAUCCCAUCCAUGUCUCUUGCCGCGGCUGUCCAGAAACACAAAGGCUCCCUUCUCGCCUACCUUCGCGCCAACAACCCCGACGAUACCGCUCCUUUGGGAGUUCGGAAAGAAGCCAUGGAAACCUUUAUCAAAUCUUGUGCAGGAUAUUGCGUCAUCACCUAUAUCCUCGGCGUCGGUGACCGUCAUUUGGAUAACCUACUUAUAUCGCCGCAUGGCGCGUUCUUCCACGUCGACUUUGGCUACAUUCUCGGUCGAGACCCAAAACCUUACGCGCCGUCUAUGAAAUUGUGUCGUGAAAUGAUAGAGGGCAUGGGUGGUGCCGACCACCCGAAUUACCUCGCGUUCAAGGAGUACAGUUUCACAGCGUGGAGCACUCUACGUAAGAGCAGCAACUUGCUACUGAACUUGUUCGCGCUUAUGAAGGAGGCGAAUAUUCCGGAUAUUAAGGUGGAAAGAGAAGGAAGUGUUCGCAAGGUGGAGAUGAGGAUGUGGUUGGGCAAGAGCGAGGGGGAGGCGGCUCGGGAGUGGGAGAAGUUGGUGGAAGAAAGUGGUGGAGACCGGUUAGCUGGGGUGAUUGAUUGGGCACAUGACUUCAUGCAGUACUGGAGAGGAUGAAGCAGUCUGACCGUUAUUGUUAUCGCUGGCGAUAGAUCUAAUCAGACGUGUA